GCGGCUCAAGCCGGGCGGGGCUGCGGCGGGCCGGGCCAGGCUGGGCGGGCAGCAUGGAGAGCGGCGGCGCCUACGGAGCGGCCAAGGCCGGCGGCACCUUGGACCUGCUGCGCUUCCUGCAGCGGCCGCAGGUCCUGGUGCGGCUGCUGAGCGCGGUGUUCUCCCUCAUCGUGUUCUCCUGCAUCAUCGGUGAGGGGUACACCAACCCGCCUGAGACUGCAGAGCUCCACUGCGUCUUCCACCAGAAUGAGGACGCCUGCCGCUACGGCAUCGGCAUCGGCGUCCUCGGCUUCCUGGCCUGUGUCGCCUUCUUCACAAUCGAUAUCUACUUCCCCCAGAUCAGCAAUGCCACUGACCGUAAAUACUUGGUCAUGGCAGACUUGGGCUUUUCAGGUAACAGCAGCCAUGGGGGUGGGCCUGGCUCUGGUUGGCUGAUU